UAGUUUGGUAUCAUUGAAAAAAUACGUGCCAUGCGUUAUAUGUUUGGAAUUGGAAAACGCCCAUGGUUUUAGCGUCAUUGUUAGUAUUGGGUGUAUUUGUAAUAAUUAAUAACGGAGCCUAAAUUAAACACAUAAAUAUAUGUGAAAUCAAUCAAAAAAGUAACUUUAAAGUAUUCAUACAAAACAAAAACUUUAUUUAAUAUGGAAGUUAACGUGUAAGCAGUGCAUUUAUAUUAAAUAGAAGAAUUAAAAUUAUCUAAAAGAUGAUUUCUUAUAUUCGUCUAACGUUAGUGAUCAUUUGCCUUCUAUUGGGCGUUGUUGGUCAAUAUGAAUGGCAAUUGAGAGAUUCAUUUGAUGAAAUUCGAUUCAAAAUGGAUAAAGUUAAUGCCGAUAACUGCCCUAUACAAUAUCUUGGUGAUCUAUAUUUACCAGAGGAUUCUGUUUCGCAUUUGCCAGAUAUAAAGGAUAUUAAUAUUAAUCCAGUAUUUCCAAAUAGAACAGCUCUGUUACAUUUACAUAAUAUGGCAUUGAGCAGAUCUUUCUUUUGGAGUUAUAUACUUCAAUCUCGAUUUAUAAGACCAGCAAUUAAUGAUACUUAUGAUCCAGGCAUGAUGUAUUACAUAUUAUCUACGGUUGCUGAUGUAUCUGCUAAUCCAUAUAUAAAUGCUUCUGCUAUCUAUUUUGCACCAAAUAUGUCAUAUUCUCCAUCCUAUAGAGGAUUCUUUAAUAAAACAAUGCCAAGGUUUGCACCAAGAACAUUCAGAGCUGAUGAUUUUAAUGAUCCUAUACAUCUUGAAAGAAUAUCUACUCGUAAUACGUUUACUGUACAAGAUCUUGGUGCAUUUCCUAGUGAUACUCUUAGCAAAGAUUAUACAACAGAUUACUAUAGGAUAAAUGAAUGGUACAGAAAAUGGUUACCUGAUAAUGUAGAGAAAAGACACGAUACUAAAGCUACUUAUCAAGUUGAAAUUCGUUAUGCUAAUAAUACUAAUGAAACUUUUACAUUUCAUGGACCUCCAGGUGCUGAUGAAUAUCCUGGACCUGUGAAAUGGACUAGACCUUACUUUGAUUGUGAAAGAUCCAAUCGUUGGCUUGUAGCUGCUGUAGUACCAGUUGCAGAUGUGUACCCACGACAUACAGGAUUUAGGCAUAUUGAAUAUCCAACAUAUACUGCUGUGUCUGUAUUGGAAAUGGAUUUUGAUAGAAUAGAUAUAAAUCAAUGUCCAAAAGGUAAAGGAAAUAAUGGACCAAAUAGAUUUGCGAAUACUACGCGAUGUAAAAUAGAAACUACAGAGUGUGAACCAUUGCAUGGGUGGGGAUUUCGAAGAGGGGGAUAUCAAUGUAGAUGCAAACCAGGUUAUAGAUUACCAACCGUUGUACGUCGACCAUAUCUUGGAGAAAUUAUUGAAAGAGCAACACAAGAACAAUAUUAUAAUGGAUUUGAUUGUAGCAAAAUAGGAUGGAUUCAAAAAAUGCCAGUACAAUGGUAUAAGGCAAAGUAUUAUAUUAGAGAGAGAUACCUCGAGCAGUAUUAUCAAUAUAGAAACCUUACAACAGGACCUGAUAAUUUAAACUCGGAAAAAAUAAAUAUUGAUCAAACUUUAAAAUUCAUUUCCAAUAUAAAUGCGAGAACAUGUAAAAAGUAUUCGGCACAAGAUUUAAUCUUGGAUGGUGAUAUAGGUUAUGGAGCAGAAGAGUUUUUCGAAAAUGAAGCAAAAAUGGCGACCAGACUUGCCAAUUUUAUUAGUGCAUUUCUUCAAAUAUCUGAUUCACAUGAAGUUUAUUCUGGUAAAAGAGUGGCCGAUAAACCUCUUACGGAAGAUCAAAUGAUAGGUGAAACACUAGCUUUAAUUCUUGGAGAUACCAAAAUCUGGUCUGCAGGAACAUUUUGGGAUAGAAAUAAAUUUACUAAUAGAACAUUUUUUGCACCGUUUGCUUAUAAAACUGAACUGAAUACACGGAAGUUUAAACUCGAAGACUUAGCUAGAUUAAAUGACACAGAUGAAGUUUACACUAGAAAGAAUUAUUUUCAAUUUUUGAAACAAAGAUGGGCAGCAAAUUUUGAUGAUUUGGAGAAAUUCUACAUGAAAAUAAAAAUUAGAUAUAAUGAAACAGGUGAAUAUCUUAAAAAGUAUGAACACUACCCAAAUCAUUAUCGAGCAGCAAAUCUGAAUCAUGGUUACUGGACAGUUCCAUACUUUGAUUGCAAUGGUAAAGUGAAAAAAUGGUUAAUUACUUAUGCAUCUCCAUUUUUCGGUUGGGAUAGCCUAAGAGAAAAAUUAGAAUUUAAGGGUGUGGUUGCCGUUUCUAUGGAUUUACUUCAAUUGGAUAUUAAUCAAUGUGAUGAUAAAUUUUACCGUCCAAAUGCAUUUAAAGAUACACAUAAAUGUCAUAAGAAAACAUCAUAUUGUGUACCCAUUCUUGGCAGAGGUUUUGAAACUGGUGGAUAUAAAUGUGAAUGUAAACAAGGCUUUGAAUAUCCUUUUGAAGACUAUAUUACAUAUUAUGAUGGGCAGCUAGUAGAGGCAGAGUUUAGUAAUAUUGUCAAUGACGAAGAAACAAGGUACGAUAUGUUCAAAUGCCGUAUAGCUGGUGCAUCUUCAAUCCAAGCAAGUUGGGUUAUAAUUCUAUCAUUAUUAAUAGCGAUUAAUCCAUUGCUUAGGAGAUAAAUAUAAGAUCUUGUCAGAUUUAUAUUAUGUAAAAUUGUUUUCCAUUAGUAAUAUGACUUAUGUUAGAUGAGUAUUUUCAUAUGCCGUCCAUAUUUUUAUGUUUAGUCUUUUUAAAGAAUUAUUAAUAAUUAUAGAUACUUAUCAUAUUGCCGUCCAUAAAUUUUAAGAGAUUUCUAAUAUAAAAUAUUUUAUAUGAAUUUAUUUCAAUUUAUCGCUCUUUUAAAAGAAUCUUAUUGAAUACUCUUAAAGAAAUUUUACAAAUUUCUUCUCAAUUUAAUGAAAUUAUAUAUUAUAUGUGAACCUUAUAUGUACUUGUUUUUUAUAAAGUAUAAGUGCCUUCUUAAUAUAUCAAAUAUUGAUCAAAUAAAUUUUGUACCAAAAAUAGUAUUAGAAUUUUAAAAACUUUAUAAAUUUUAUAUAAAGACAAAUAAAUGUUAUUUAUGAUUUAUCAAUAUGGCAUUUUUAAUUAUUUCUUUUUUUUUUAUACAAUAAAUACAAAUUACUAAAUAAAAUCACUAAAUGUUUUUUAUCAGAGAUUAAAAGUGAAAACUGAUUUUUGAAAGGUACUCUCGUACACAAUUGUGUAAUCAAUUGUAUAUCCACUAUAGUAAUCGCUAUAACUUAUAUAUCUUAUAAGAAUGCAUAUUAAUAACCCUAUAGAAAUAGAGUUAUGAUCUUAUAUUAGUCUGAAUUUAGAUCUUAUAUUAGACGAAUAAUAAAAAAAUUUAAACACAAAAAAGCUACAACACAUAAGCACUGAAGAUCGUUUUAAUUUAGAUUAAUUAUCUAAAGUAUGUACAAUGUUUUAUAUAUAUUCUAACUUAUCAAACUAACUUGUCGUAUAUUUUUAUAAUAUAAUUACAAGGCAAAAGUGAUUUAUUACAAAAUGUACAACUAAAAAUUCAUAAAUUAAUUUCAUGAGUUGACAGAUCUGUUGUAUAGGAUAAUAUAAUAUUAAAAUAAUUCAAUGCAUGAAAACGAACAAGUAUGAUACUAUAUUUAUUAGUUGAGCUGAGUCUUUCGAUGCCAAGUAGCAAUUCAACAAAUAUUAUUUUAUUGUAACGUCUAUAACUAAACCAUUAUAUGCACACUCAGUGUGCAAUAAAAAUGUAUGUAUUACAUUCUCGUAUGGAGCAGGAGGUACUUAAUAAUUGCUAAAUUUUAAAGCUUAACAAAGCCAGAAAAUGUUAUCUAUGUAUAUGUGAUCGUUAAAUAAUAGCAAAUGUAAUAUAUAUGUAUAGCGUAAUGUAUUACAAACAGAAUAAUGUGUUAUUUAUCCUAAAGCAUUAUUUAAAUAAUAGCUAUAUUGUUUGAAAACCAUAUUAUUAAAAUUAAAAUUCACUUAAAGUCUUUAUUAUUAUGGUAUUAGUACUGCAAUAUGGUACAUUAAUUUUAAGAUAAAAUGUCUCACUCCUUUGCAGUACUUAAAGUUAUACACACAAAAAAAAAUAUAUAUAUAUAUAGCAGAAAUAAACAAUAUAAUGCAAGGUUGUAGUAUACAAAGAUUUAAUUUUAUGAUAGUAGUUGUGAAUCCCUUUGGUAUCCAUUAUUUAUGAGAGAUGUGAUGUACAAAAUUCGACUUUCAUAUUACCUGCAAAUUUUCGUUAUUUUAUUUAAUUGAUAUAUUUCGUUAAAAAAAUAAAUACUCUAAUUGAGACCUGGGGUAUAAAUAUAUAUAAAUUUAUAUAUAAAUAUUAAUAACGAAUAUCACCAAUUUUGAGAAACCGAUAAUAAAAAUUCGAAUUUCAUGUCAUAAAUUUUGCUAACAAUAAUUGCUUUUAACAAUUUCUAAAUAAAUAUGUCUUACCUUUACAGCGUUAGAAAAGAGAUUACAGUACUGUGUUUUUAUCUCAACAGACUUAACACUGAUCCAUAAUUAUCAAAUAAAUACGAAUAAUUAAAUUAUUUACAUUAUAUUAUUCCUACUUCAGUUCAAAAAAUUUUGGUAUCAUUAAAUAAUUCGAAUGUCAAACAUAAUUCUUUUCUAUACUAAUCUACAUUUUUUUUUUAUAAGUAUAGAGUAUAAAUUCAAAACAAAAUGUAUUUUUUGAGAUAUAAUGUAUUAUUGCAUUUCUUUUUUCUAAUAUUUUCGAGAUACACAAUUUAUUACAAGUACAGUUUAAAAUUGUCUGCUCUUAUGAUGCCACCAAAAUAUUAUUGAUAAAAUUAUAUACCAUGGAAGAUUGUUUAUAGUUUUUUUUUUCAAUCAUCUAUUUUAAUUAUGGCAAUAGAAUGUACGAUAUAGAAAUACACGUUUCUAAUUACUAUUACAUUUUAUCUUUGAAAAAAUAGAUUAUAGCAUAAAGGAUAUUAAAAAAAUAACAAUGAUGUUAUUUUUAUAAUAUUUAAAAGGCACAGUUAAUGAAGAUAUAGUUUUCCUCAAUAAUAAAUUAGUAUGGAUAAGUGUUUAGUCUUAGCUUUGUACAUAGUACAUACAAUAUUAGUACACUGCUCCACUUCCAACAGUCAAGUAAUGCAAUAAUUAAAUUUUAAUAUUGCUCGUACUCGAUAAAUCAGUUAUUUCGUUAAAUUCUAAUCAUUUCAAAAUAGUAUAUUAUUUUGUGUCAAUUCUUAUUGUAUCAUAUACAAUAUUUAUAAUCUGCAUAUAAAAAUUUUUCAAUGUUUUUUCUCUAAAUAUUGAUUUUAUGCUGAUGUUGGAAGACAGGAUGAAACAGCAGUCAGAAGAGAGAUUUUGAAGAGAAUAUUUUAAUCCUGAAUACAAGAUUAUUUAAAGAAGGCACUUUUUAAUGCUGUAAGGUACACCAUUGCCAUUACAUAAAUAAUAGUGAUUUUUGCAGCUUGAAAGAAAUAGAUAACAAAAUAUAUCUGAUUUUGGACUCACUUUCGAUAAGACAAAGAUUAAAAUAAAUCAUUUCAUAGAAUAAUAUAUAUAUAUACAUACAUAUAUACAAGUUUUUUUCUAUUGUUAACAUUCUUAUUGUAAUUGUUUCUUUAUAAACAAUGGCAACUUGACUAUAAAAACGAUACUGUGCCAGCAAUGUAAUUAGUUACAAGUAUUUUACAAAAGUCGAGUUACCUUUAUUUAAUUUUAAAUUUUCGAUUUCAAAGUUUCAUUGUGCAAAAUAAUAUACGACUUCUUCAUUAACGAUUUUCCCUUUUGCUUUUAAAUAACAAUAAUUCCGAAAAUUAUAUUCCAGGGAAUUAGGUUUAUAAGAAAUAUGUAUGUAAUGUAUAUAGUGUAACAAUUCAUCAAUAAUAUUUCUUAGCAUAUGAAGAUAUUAAAAAAUGUUUAGACAAUUAAAAGCUGCAUAAUACGCAAUGAACACAUUACAUCCAUUCACAAAUCUAUACAGUAUAAUAAUUAAUAGUUUAAUAAUAAUUAUUAUUAUCAUUAUUUAUAAUUAUAUUCGACAUAGCAUUUGAUAUAAAAGAAAAUGUUAAAUAGGACCAAUAUAUUUAAAAGCCGUAUAACUCUUAUUAUUAUUAUCUGCAAUAUCACAGUACUCGUUGAAACGUACUAAACACGUACUUUCUGAUAUGAAGCCAAUCUAAAUGAAAAUAAAUGGCAAGCAAAAUAUUUGCAAAAACAUGCUCCAUGAGAAUAUAUUGCCUAGCCAUUAAUCAUUUUAUUUCUACCCCUUCGUGUCUAUUGGCCAUUAUUGUAUCAAGGUAAACUUGUGCCAUUAAAGUUACCCUGCCUUUUUUCUUAGCCAUAUGUUAUAAUCGCACGUUAUGGAAUAGAAAACGAUCCUGAUCACUCAAGCUAUAUUAUAUAGGGCAUUAUUUAAGACGCAAUAAACAUACAAAAUUUAGAUUUCAUACAAAUGCCCAUAAUAAUUUGUGAUUCCAUAGAAACACAACAAUGUGUAGUGGACAGUUUUGCAGAUAUGUGAAAGUUUAAUGAUUUAAGUCAAAUAUAGUACUAUUCGAGAAGUACAGUCGCGCUAACAAAGCAUGAAAACAAUUAUAAUCAGUUCUAAAAUAUAAAAAUCUGUAAUAAUGACAAAAAAUACACUAAUCUAAUAUGUGUACUUUCUUUAAUGUAAUAUUUUCUUUUUUCUAACUAUAUAGUACGAUACGUUCGUAUUCAUAUAUCUAUAAGUUGAAAAAAAAUUGCGACUUCGUGUAAUUUAGUUAACCACACAAUGCUGAAAAAAACUUUAGAAAGAUAUGAUACUGGUUGCAGUUUUUAAGACACCAAUAAUUUUGAUAUCUGAUGAGAUUUAUGAUUUGUUUUUUUUUUUUUCGUUUUCUUUUAA